AAUGCCCUCUACGUCUACACUCAGUGAUGACGAGAAGGCCAAAGUUAAAAGUGCCAUUCCGACACCAACGAACAAGAUCCAUUUCGCUGCUUUAGCCAGAAUCUACUAUGCAUAUCCGCAGCCUACCAAGUGGUCGUACGCCGGGCUCCAAGGCGCUCUCGCCUUCUCGCAGAACAACCAGGACAACAGCCUUCACUUCCAGAUGGUCGAUUUGGAUGGCACGAGAGGAGUGAUUUGGGACCACGAGUUCUACGAGGGGUUGGAGUUCAACCAAGACAGAGCUUUCUUUCAUUCGUUUGCGGGAGAGGCUUGCAUGAUCGGUUUCGUGUACGCAGAUGAAGCCGAAGCAAAGACUUUCUUCAAGAAGGUCAAGGCGAAGAAGAGCAACAAAGGUGCGAAGCCCAAGUCCGAAAAGAAGAAGGUGGCAAAAGGUGGCAAGGUGGACAAAUCGAUGAUAUCCGCGCCGAAAGCAGGGUCUUUCAUCCAUGUCGCGCAUAUGGGCUACGAUGCACAUUCUGGGUUUACUUCAAAGGGUGUUGAUCCCUCAUGGACAGCACUUCUUGGAAACCUAGAGAAUACUGUUCCCAAAGACGUUAUCGAGCGUGAUAUGGAGUUUAUCAAGAAGUUCGUGCGUGAAUUCCCCGACCAACAGCAGCAGCAGCCUGCAGCAAAGGAACCCAAGAAACCGAAACCUCCUCCGCCUCCAAGACGCCCACACGGAAAUGGCGGCAGUAUAUCAUCUCCUAUCUCACCAACGUCUGUCCCACCUCCACCUCCGACCAGGUCCCAGAACGGUGCGCCACCACCUCUAGCGCGCCCCCAUGCACCUCCAACCCCGUCGCGACAUGUCCCACCGCCUGCCCCUGCAGCGCUUCCGAGUUCGCAAACGCCUACACCUCCGCCCCCACCGCGCCCGCCCGCCCCGCCACGGAACAAUGUACCACCUCCGCCACCCGCCCGCCCUCAAUCGGGGUCGCCAGCCGUUCCUCCUCCUCCUCCUCGCCCACCCACAAUAUCUUCCAGGCCGCCACCACCUCCACUUCGCCCUGCACCACCAACCUCGUCCACCCCGGACGACUACGGAAGCUCAGCGGCACCGCCUCCGCCGCCUCCACCACCACCACCACCGCCUCCUGGAUCAUCAAGUGGUCCUCCUCCUCCUCCCCCUCCGCCGCCGCCUCCUCCUUCAGGCGAAGCGCCUCCAUCUGUCAAGAGUGUUCUGCCUCCACCACAGCCGGGCCGGGGUGACCUCCUUGCCUCGAUUCAAGGAAAAGGCAUCCAUUCCUUGCGCAAGGCAGACCCCAACGCACCACCCCCUGGAGGACGGAGCGACGGGCUGCCUGUUACCGAGUCGUCUUCAAGUGGUGUAGGUACAGCCGUAGCUGCCGGUGCAGCCGGUGCAGUUGCAGGAGCAGCGGUGGCUGGCAGUGGCGACUUAACGUCGGCGCUGGCAGCGGCGUUGUUGGAGAGGAACAAGAAACUGGGAGACAGCGAUGAUGACGAGGAUGACGAUGACGAUGAUUGGGAUUA